AUGGACUCAUCACAGCACUCACCGCUGCACGAUUGGCGCAUUCCCGUCCAUUGCAUUUUUUGCUCUCACUGCCGCGCAAUUCGCGCAAGCAUCAACCGAGAAGCCCAUGACCAGGCGCACUUGAAUGCACAAGUCCACGCCCGGGAAGUCGGUAACUCGUCACGUCCCGCACCUCUACAUCGAGCUCGAGUUAUUAAGAUUCCACGAUCAAAUCUAUCCGUGACUAUCCAACUUCCGAACCUGCAACACCCUGUUGCGCCUGACGACAAGUCGACCCUUCCCAAAUCGAGAAAGCGAAUCCGCCCUCGUUGGGGAGAGCCUAGUGAACUUGAAGCGACAGCAGCUGAGCCAGUCGCAUCACAAGUAGAACCUGCCCGACAUACUUCGCAAGGCUUAGCUACUGAGCAACAAUACCCUUCAACAAGGACCGAAACUCUCCCCUUCCACUCCCCCCGACAAAUUCGACCACUGAGUCCCGAGACUCGAAGAUACUUAGAACGGCCUAGUUCCGCUGUGAAUGCGCGCGCAAGAUUCCGCGUCGCUGCUCCUAAGCGUGUAAUGCCUGGAGCUUGGCCAUCCGAGCUGGUCGAGGUAGACAGUGCGGAAGUGCCAGUAUAUCAUAACAUGACCCUACCUACGACACCUACUCCCCCCCCAUUCGCGACCAAUGUUCGCAAUGCCCUCACUUAUCUGCGAGACUCAUCUCGUAGUCUCUACACAACCUUCAAUAGAAUCUUCCGUCCGCGUCAAAGCCCCUCAAUUCCGACACCAGCUACUUCCGAAGAUGGUAGGCGGACUCCAAAGCGCCGUCGACUUGACCGCGAAGAGAAUGGACCAUUCACCCCUCCUGAACUUGUGGAUGACCGCAUGGACAUCGAUGAUGAUCCUGUUACUACUAUACCUACCGGCUCAUCGGCGAGCGAACUAGAAACGUCACCAUCUAUAUCUCCUGUAAUUUCACCGAACUCCGCAGCCGCUAUAGCCUCUGCUAGAAGAGCUACGCGACUAUUUCCUUACAGAAAGAACCUCGGCUUAUCGAGUGACUCACCCAGUGACCAGACUAAUGUGAUAACUCCACCACCCUCGCGUCGAGAAAAGAAGCCAGUCCAACAAGAGGAACAAGUACCCGAACGGACUUGGGGACCUUUGCCUGCUCCAAAAUAUGCGAGCAUCCAAGAGUUCUUCGCACACGAUGACGAGAUAUGCCUGCCUGGUUUAGAACGCUUGCGGCUCACGCCGAAUGAUACUAAGAUAUAUGAAUUAGAUUCACAACGCGAAGAUCGACUGCGCAUUGAGAAGGAAAAGGCUGAGAAAGAACGUCAGGAAAAACUUCGUAUCGAAGAAGAACGCUUAAAUGAGGCACUGCGCCCGCUCGGAUUACGGAGACCGAAGGCACCUCUCAUUACUCCUCUCAGCGACGAAUGGGACCAGAAAGCUAGAGAGGCGCCGAAUAGCGGCAAAGCAGAGCAGAAUAAAUGGAGAGGUGCACGCCAUCGAGACGGCGUAGAACUCACACCACGAGACUUCGCGAAACUAGUACCCACAGGAUCAUGGCUAAAUGAUAACGCCAUCCAAUCAACUUUAGUCCAUCUUGCAACUUACGUUAAUGAUGCAGCUGGCAUUAUUCCUAAGCAAACCACACCAAAAUGUGUGGCGCUCUCCUCUCAAUACUGGUCUAAUUUCUUACGCGAACCUAAAAAUAAUGUCUACGCCCGAGGGUUGGACCGAAAUUGGGGCAUGAAACCAACCAACUUCCUCGAUAUUAAUACGGUGCUUAUCCCAGUCAAUAAGAACAACCACUGGACCGUCCUUGUCGUCCGACCAUCACGUCGAACAGUCUCUUAUGUUGACUCGUUCCAAACAGCGGGAGCGGAUCACAUACAUGACGUCCAUACCUGGAUGAAAUACUUUCUGGGCGACAAAUAUGUUGCCGAUGAGUGGCACACAGAGUAUUACAGUGUGCCCACGCAGACGAAUGGAUACGACUGCGGUAUGUUUGUAAUUACAAACUCUAUCUACCUGUCGCUCGGUAUAGACCCGAGCGGCUACUCGGAGGGCGAAAUGCCUCUCCAGAGACGGAGAAUCGCCGCGAUGCUCCUAAACGGCGGGUUUACCGGGCCGUUCGACUUAUCACACCUCUAA